AUGGCCCUCCGAGUCUUGGCCGCCGCUCUCCUGGGUGCUGCCGCGUGGCAGUGCGCCUUCGUGGGUCCUUUGUCGGGCUCCCGUGCUCCCCAGGUGAGUGCCAAGGCCUCCGGAAGCUCAAGCCGUGGCGCAGCUGCUGAGGACCAGGACUUCAUGGCACCUUUUGUCUCCCUGAGCGUCGGUGCUAUGGCCGGCCUUCUGGUAGCGGUGGCCGGUGCCGCCCCGGCCUACGCCCAGCGCAACCAGGGCUACAGUGGCAACGUGGACACCGACCUGGUGCGCUACGACAAGCCCGCGGGCACCGACAACCUGCUGAAGGAGCUCAAGGGAGACAAGAAGAAGUUCUACGAGGGCAAGAAGGACCUGGACUACCGCGCCCAGGGCUACAAGAUGGAACUUUACAAGACUGAGCGUGAGCUCCAGGCCAAGCAGCUGAAGCGAAUGAAAGAAAAGGAGCAGAUGGUGGCGUCCAUUGCUUACAUCACUACCAGCAAUACUGUUCUUACACAGGGAUUCCUCAUACUGGACACAGCUCUGUAUAUAUGUAGCCGCAGCGCAUCAAGAGCUCUGAGCGAAGCUCGCCAAAGCGCUACUUGCUCCGCCUCCCUCCUCGUCAUGGCCCUCCGAGUCUUGGCCGCCGCUCUCCUGGGUGCUGCCGCGUGGCAGUGCGCCUUCGUGGGUCCUUUGUCGGGCUCCCGCGCUCCCCAGGUGAGUGCCAAGGCCUCCGGAAGCUCAAGCCGUGGCGCAGCUGCUGAGGACCAGGACUUCAUGGCACCUUUUGUCUCCCUGAGCGUCGGUGCUAUGGCCGGCCUUCUGGUAGCGGUGGCCGGUGCCGCCCCGGCCUACGCCCAGCGCAACCAGGGCUACAGUGGCAACGUGGACACCGACCUGGUGCGCUACGACAAGCCCGCGGGCACCGACAACCUGCUGAAGGAGCUCAAGGGAGACAAGAAGAAGUUCUACGAGGGCAAGAAGGACCUGGACUACCGCGCCCAGGGCUACAAGAUGGAACUUUACAAGACUGAGCGUGAGCUCCAG